AUGGAUCAGGCUGUAGUGAAGCUCUUGACUGACAAUAUCAUUUCAAUUCUUUCAACUGAAGUAUCGUUGUUAUGGGGGACUCGUGACGCAAUUGAAGAUAUCAAGGAUGAGUUGAUAAGCAUGCAGUUGUUCUUAGUAGAUGCUGAUAGAAAGGGAGUAGGGAGUGAAGGAGAGAAAAAUUGGGUGGCAAAUGUGAGAGACAUGGCGUAUGAUGUUGAAGACGUUAUUGAUAAGUUCAUGUAUCACAUGAAUCGCCAACAAAUCGGGUGUCGAUCUUCCUGGAUCCUUCACCACACCAUUUACUUUCCAAAAAAUCUCUGGGUGAGGCGUCAAACAGCCACCAAGAUACAAAAAAUUAAUGGGAAAAUCAAGGGUGCCAUACCAGAGAGGAAGCAAAGAUAUGGUAUUGAUCAUAUAGAGGGAACUAGCUCUAAAGAUAAACAGAAACGGGUGGUGCAUCAUGCUGAAUCAUCUCUUUUUUUUACAGAAGACGAACUUGUAGGGAUUGAAAAGAAAAGGCAAUUGAUAAUGGAUUGGUUGAUGGAUGGAGAACCACAUCAGACUGUAAUUUCGAUAGUCGGGAUGGGAGGUUCAGGCAAGACCACACUAGCUGCCAACACCUACAACAACGAUGAUGUAAAGAAACAUUUUGACUGUUUUGCAUGGAUCACAAUUUCCCAAGCAUAUGAAUUAGAAGACAUAUUGAGGAGCUUGAUUAAGGAAUUCCAUGAGUCAAGGAAGGAAACAGAACCAGCAGACUUGAAUUCCAUGAACUACAGAUUGUUAGUAAAAACAUUGGUAAAUUAUUUAGAGAAGAAAAGGUAUCUUCUUGUCCUAGAUGAUGUUUGGGAUACAAAUCUCUUGGAUGAAAUAAAGGUAUCACUUCAAGAUAGUUGUAUCGGGAGUAGAAUUAUUCUUACAACUCGAAAAGAAGAUGUAGCUUGCUAUCAUUUGGGAGGAAAACAUCAUUUUCAUCACAUUCAAUUGCUACAACACGAAGAGACCUGGGAACUCUUUUGCAAGAAAGCAUUCACAAAUUGUCCCAAUGGAAGUUGUCCAUUGGAGCUUAAAUCUUUUGGUGAAGAACUUGUAAGAAAAUGCGGAGGCCUACCACUUGCAAUUGCAGCUUUGGGCAGUCUUAUGUACUUCAAGAAUAUGUCUCAAUGGAAUGAAAUUAAGAGCAACGUGAAUUGGAGUCCAAGUAACAAUCCUAAGCUAGAAGGACUGAAGAGCAUUUUGUUGCUUAGUUUCAACGAUUUACUAUAUCAGUUGAAGCAUUGUUUCUUAUAUUGCUCUCUUUUCCCAGAAGAUCAUGAGAUUCGAAGAAAAAGGCUCAUUAAGCUGUGGAUGGCAGAAGGAUUUGUAGAACAAGUAAAAGGGUCCACUCUAGAAGAAGUAGCAAAUAGGUAUCUGGUAGAACUCACUUUCCGGAAUAUGCUUCAAGUUGCAGAGAGGAAUGAAUUUGGAAGGCCAAAGAGAUGUAAAAUGCAUGAUCUUCUACGGGAGCUUGCUCUAUCAAUAUCGGUCAAAGAAAAUUUUGGUGUUGUACAUGGUGGAGGAGAAGAAAUGAAAGAAUGCAAAGCACGCCGCAUUUCAAUUCCCAAAACUGAUGGAGAACUCAAAUCAUUUAUGGGUAUGUCAAAGAUUCGUUCUUUUCUAGUUUUCAACAAGACGUUAAAAACAUUGUCUUUAGGUAGUAAAAUGUUAAGGGUUCUAGAUUUGGAGGAUGCCCCCAUUGAUGAAUUGCCUGAUGAAGUAUUCAAAUUAUUCAACUUAAGAUAUUUGAAUUUAAGGGGAACUUUACUUAAGAAGCUCCCAAAUUCCAUAGGGAGGCUUCUUAAUCUUCAAACCUUGGACCUGAAGAACACACAGAUAGAGGCGCUUCCUCUAGGAAUAGGAAAGUUGGAAAACUUGCGGCAUCUAAUUAUGUAUCGCUAUACUGGAAAUUGGAAUGAUUUUAGCUAUUAUAUAGGGAUACGAGCACCGUCAAAUAUCGCUCGAUUAAAGAAUUUGCAAGCUGUGUGUUCUAUUGAAGCAAACGAUGACUUGAUUAGACAGAUUCAGAGCAUGACCCAACUGACCUCAAUCAGUAUUUCAAAUGUGAAAGCAGCAAAUGAGACUGAUUUAUGUAUCUCAAUUCAAAACAUGAGACUUCUUAGGAUCUUGUCUAUCAAGGUAACUAAUGAGGAGGAAAAUCUCCAAAUGGAUGCACUCUCGUCUCCUCCUCCCAACCUUCGAAAUCUUCUUUUGACUGGAAAACUAGAGAAGGUGCCACAGUGGUUCCAUUCACUUCAAAGCCUCACAUUUUUGUCUCUGCAUUGGUCGAAGCUAGAAGAAGAUCCACUCCCUCACAUCGCUACUUUGCCCCAUCUGGGACGUCUUUUUCUUCUUAAUGCCUAUGUUGGAAAACAGCUAUGUUUCAAUACCAACUUUCUUAAGCUUACAAGAUUGACGAUUCGUAAUUUCCCCCAAUUGAAUGAAAUAAUAAUAGAAAAGGCGGUGAUGCCAAAUCUAAAAUCCCUACUUAUUAUUAGCUGCAUGGAGUUAAAGACAGUUCCCAUGGGCAUUGAAUACCUUCAAAACCUCCAAGAACUGUAUUUGAUAUCUAUCUCAAUGGAACUUAAGAAUCGCAUUCGCAACGUGGAUUUUCUAAAGAUGCAGCACAUCCCAAAGAGGUACAUCAGGAUGUAA